GCUGCUCAGAGUUGACCCUCGCCGACGGGUCGCCAUUAUGAGCUGAGAGAAUCACAGGCCACCAUUGGCACCGCGCGCGGAUCUCGUCCCCAAUGGUGAGCGCGUCCAGCCUGCUGCUGCUGCCGUCGUCCGUGCGCGACCUCGCCUCCUGCGUCGUCGCCGACGUCGCCGCCUGCACCACCCCCGCCUCCACCCUCAUCUCAUCCUCCUCCUCCUCCGGCUCCACAUCCUCGCUCUCCGUCACGGUAUCCUACCGCGCAACCGCCAUCCUUCCCGGACGGCAUCUGCGCCUCACCUGGACCCGCUCCCCGCUCGGCCCCACCCUCUCCUUCUACCCCUCCGCCUCCUCCCCCGCCGUACACCUCCGCCGGCGCAAGGGCACACGCUCCGUCUCCCUUGACGACUUCGAGUCUGGCGUCGGCGACGGCGCUGGCACCGGGCCGGGUUCUUGUUCGCAGGUCGUCGUGUUCUGGGACCUCACCGCCGCGCGCUACGACGCCUCCCCGGAGCCGCACUCCGGGUACUACUUCGUCGCCGUCGCGGGCGACGAGGUCGUGCUGGCCGUGGGCGACCUGGCCGCGGAGUUCGUCGAGGACAAAUUCCCCGAGGCGGCAGCGGCGGCCUUGUCGCUCCCGGUCGCGCGCAGGGAGCGCGUCGUGGCGCCGGACCAGGCGGCGAUGCACACCGCGCGGCGCGUCCGGUUCGCCGAGGGCGGGCCGGAGCACGAGGUCAGCGUGGGGUGCUCCGGCGGCGGGGCGGAGGAGGAGCUGUGGGUCAGCGUCGACGGGAAGCGCGCCGUGCAGGCGCGCCAGCCGCGGCUCAACUUCAGAGGGAACCAGACCGUGUUCGUCGACGGCGACCCCGUGGACGUCAUGUGGGACCUGCACGGCUGGUGGUUCCGGAAGCCGCCGGUCGGAUGCGCCGUCGUCAUGCUCCGGGCACGCAGCGCGCUCGAGAGCCGCCUGUGGCUGGAGGAGGAGGAGGCCGCCGCCGCGCCGGGGUUCUCGCUCGUUGUCCAGGCCUUCAAGUCCCGCUUUGAUGACCUAUCAUCUGCCCACCGAUGAUGCAGCAGCCACCGACUACUCAACCACUCUAAAGACAAGGUUUGUGGAAUUUAGCAAACUAAGAUGAGAUUCUUUUCGUUUCUUUCAAGGGAUCAGUAUAAAGUUUACGAGCAACGACAUCAUGAACAUAACAGGUGAUAUGCCUUGCUGUGUAUGUGUGUGUGUUGGAUCCUUCUCCUAAAUUUCAUCUCCCGUUUUUAGUGAUGUAUGCAAAUGCAAGUACAUUUAACAAAGAAACAGCAAAACAGUUUACUGUGUAAAUGUGUAUAAGAUCCUUCUGUGUUGAAUGGCAAUCUUUCUUUAGAUC